AACGAUCCAUGCGGUGCUAGUCGGAGGGAGGAGAAGUGACACCAACACCACCAGAGGGGGCCACCUCCAGCGAGGAGGUCCACGAUGCCCUCCCGAGCUGGAGGCUGGGGAUGUCUGGAGCGAGGGGGGGGACCACACCGCCAAGGAGCUCCCCCCCCCUGCCCCUCGCAUCUCCUCGCCCUGGUGGUGCUGGUGUCGCCUUCCGUUCUUCCUGCAAAGCUUCAGUGAGGCGUGUCCCUCUACAGGAGGACUAUUCAAACAUAGCCCAAACAUCCGGAGACGAUUUUUUGAGGAUGUUUGACUACUUGGCGGCAUGUUUGGUGCAUUUGUUGUUUGUCGUUUAAAACCCGCCUGUGUGGGAGGGCAGGCGCGACCCGAUACGAAGCCGUCACGACACGGACCUGCCGCGGCACGAUGGCCGUGCCGAGCGCAGAGUGCGGGCCUUCGGGGAGCGCGGCGCCUCUGCUCGGCGCCAGCCCGUGGCCCGCGCCUUUUCGGCGGGGCGGGCUCCUCGCCGUGGCCGCCCCUCCUGCUCGCCGCCGGCCAUCGGGCACUAUAAGGUGGGGCAGACGUUGGGCGUGGGCACCUUCGGCAAGGUGAAGAUGGCAGACCACACGCUCACGGACCAGAAGGUGGCCAUCAAGAUCAUCAACAAGAAGAAGAUGAAGGACAUGAACAUGCACGAGAAGGUCCGUCGGGAGAUCAACAUCCUGCAGUUCCUGAAGCACCCGCACGUCAUCAGGCUAUACGAGCUUAUUGACACCCCGAGCGAUAUCUUCAUGGUCAUGGAGUACGUCCCGGGAGGCGAGUUGUUUGAUCACAUCGUGCACAAGCUGAGGGUCAGAGAGGAGGAAGCGAGACGAUUCUUCCAGCAGAUCCUCUCUGGCGUGGAGUAUUGCCACCAGUGCAUGGUGACACAUCGAGACUUGAAGCCGGAGAACUUGCUUCUCGACUCGAAUCUUCACGUCAAGAUUGCAGAUUUUGGCUUGUCCAACAUGAUGCGGGACGGCGAGUUCCUGAAGACGUCCUGCGGGUCGCCGAACUACGCCUCGCCGGAGGUGGUCUCCGGCAAGGCCUACGUCGGGCCGGAGGUGGACGUGUGGUCGUGCGGCGUUGUUCUCUACGCGCUGCUCUGCGGCAUGCUGCCAUUCGACGACGAGAAUGUUCCCAACCUCUUCAGGAAGAUAAAGCACGGGAAUUUCACCCUCCCGGGGCACCUGACCAGCGAGGCCAAAGACCUCAUCGUGACGAUGUUGGUCGUGGACCCGACGAGACGAAUCACGUUCUCCCAGAUCAGGAAGCACAGCUGGUUUCGCAAGGACCUCCCGGAGUAUCUUGCGGGCCCGCUGCGGAACCCGCACUCGGAGAAGGAGAUAUACGACCAGGGGGUGGUGCAGCAGCUGAUGGACAUCGGCGCCCCCGCCUCGGCCGGCCG